AUGGUUGCGGUGAAUGCCCUGGACUUGACAAAAAGAAAACAUACUGAAGUCACCAAGUAUGCGUGUGGAGAACUUUGUGAUCGCCCUCCUUUUGUGCGCUCUUUUCUCUUCCUGUGCCUUCUGAAUUUUCUCGUAUUCGAGUUUCCUCCAUUUCUUGUUCUCUCCUAUUCCUCUACUGUUACACUUGACUUUGGUUACAAGAGUUUGAAGAAAUUGCAGGUGUCUAUGGCUGUUUCAGAGGAGGCCAAUAAUGUCGCCAUCAUCUUUGGGGUCACUGGGCUUGUUGGCAGAGAGAUUGCUAAGAGUCUGAUUUCUUCAGGAUCUUCAUGGAAGGUCUAUGGAAUAGCAAGAAAUCCAGAAAUACAACCCAUCAUCACCAUGAAAAGUUGUAAUCCUUACCAUUUCAUUUCCUGUGAUUUGCUUAAUCCUUUGGAAACUCACAAGAAGCUGUCCCUAUUACAUGAUGUGACCCAUGUGUUUUGGGUCACAUGGGCAAGCCAAUUUCCACUAGACUCACAAGAGACUUGUGAGCACAACAAAACCAUGAUGUCCAAUGCCUUGAACACCAUAAUCACUGUGGCCAAGAACCUCAAGCAUGUUUCUCUGCAGACAGGGACAAAGCACUACAUCUCACUUCAACCCCCUUUUGAACAACACCAAAAACUCCAUUAUUACCACGAAGAAUCCCCAAGAAUAACCAGUAAAAUUCCAAAUUUCUACUACGCUCUAGAGGAUUUUCUAAUGGAGAAACUCAAUGGGAAAGUGACUUGGUCUGUGCACAGGCCUGGUUUACUCCUUGGAAACUCAACCAGAACAUUCUAUAACUUCAUGGGAAGCUUAUGUGUUUAUGGGACUUUCUGCAAACACUUUAAGAUCCCUUUUAUUUUUGGGGGAACAAGGAAGUGUUGGGAAGAACCAUACAUUGACGGGUCAGAUUCAAGACUAGUAGCUGAACAACACAUCUGGGCAGCAACAAAACAAGCCACAGAUUGUUGCAGAAAAGGGGAAGCUUUCAAUGCAAUCAAUGGUUCAAGCUUUACAUGGAAGGAGAUAUGGCCGAUUCUGGGGAAGAAGUUUGGGGCAUAUGUGCCUGAAGAAGAAGAAGAAGAAAUGGUUUGUGAGGGAUUCUGGUAUUGCAGAGAGAUGGGUGAUGAGAAGAAGAAGAGGGUAUGGGAAGAGAUUGUGGAGAAGCAUGGAUUGGUGAGGACAAAGAUGGAAGAUUUAGCCAACUGGGGGUUUCUUGAUGCCUUGUUUAGAUUCCCUAUGAAGCUGUUGGUGAGCCGAGAUAAGGUUGAUGGGUUUGGUUUUGUCAAAAGAUGUAACACUUUGAAUUGUAUAUUGUAUUGGAUCGAUUGCAUGAGAGAUCAGAAACUCAUUCCUAGGCUCUAG